GCGAUCGCCUCCCAAGCUCGUUCACAUCUCCCUGGCGUCCCAGUCCCAGGCGUCCCUCCGUCUCCAGCCACCCACGCCCCAGCGCCUCCUCCCGGCCCCACCCUGCCCAGCCCCUCCCAGGUGCCUGCGGUUGGCGCAGCAGCGGCUCCCACAGCACCUCCAACCCCGGGCGGCUCACCAUGGGGGCUCUGAGGCCCUGGGCCCGAUUCCCACUACUGGUCGUGGCCCACCUGCUGGCCCUGGGGAUUGGGGCUGCGGUGUUUCAGGCCCUGGAGGGGCCUCCAGCGCUGCAGCUCCAGGCCAAGCUCAGGGCCGAGCUGGCCACUUUCCAGGCAGAGUAUGGGGCCUGCUUGCCUCCUGGGGCCCUGGAGGAGCUGCUGGGCACCGCUCUGGCAGCCCAGGUCCACGGGGUCUCCAGCCACGGCAAUGGCUCAGAGGCCGGGAUCUGGGACCUGCCCUCGGCCCUGCUCUUCACUACCAGCAUCCUCACCACCACGGGCUAUGGCUACAUGGCCCCACUGUCAGCUGGCGGAAAAGCUUUCUGCAUGGUCUACGCAGCCCUCGGGCUGCCAGCCUCCCUCGUGCUCCUGGCCACCCUGCGCCGCUGCCUGAUGCCCCUGCUCUGUCGCCCGGGGGCCUGGGGAGCCAGCCGGUGGCAGCUGGCCCCGGCCAGGGCAGCGCUGCUGCAGGCAGCUGGAUGGGGACUGCUGGUGGCUGUGAUCUUCGUGCUGCUGCCGGCCCUGGUGCUGUGGGGCCUGCAGGGUGACUGCAGCCUGCUGGAGGCUGUCUACUUCUGCUUGGGCUCACUCAGCACCAUCGGCCUGGGGGACCUGCUGCCGGGCCGUGGCCGUAGCCUACACCCUGUGCUCUACCACCUUGGCCAGCUGGCCCUUCUCGGUUACUUGCUCCUCGGGCUCCUGGCCAUGCUGCUCGUUGUGGAGACCUUCUCAGAGCUGCCACAGGCCCGUGCCCUGGUCAAGUUCUUUGGGUCCAGUGGCCCGAUGACUGCUGAAGACCAAGGUGGCAUCCUGGGCCAGGAUGACCUGGCUCUGAGCACCCUGGCGCCCUCGGCUGCAGCCCUAGAACAGGCACCGACUUGCUGACAGGGGUCAGGUGAUGGAGUUGAGCUCCUUCCAGGUGGACAAGCCUCCAGAGGAAGCCUCCAGAGAGGGGAGGGCAGGGGAGGGGGGUGACUGUAAGGCCCUCAGGCAAUUGUGUAUUUUUUAAAAAGCGGG